UAAACCAAAGAGAGAGAGAGGGAGAGUAGUAGUAGUAGUAGUAGUAGUUAACAGUUCUCACCUUCUCCCUUCCCUUCCUUCCUACCUGCAACUAAGGGUUUCCACUCCCCAGUUAACCACCAUUAACUCCAUGGGGAGAUCUCCAUGUUGUGAUGAGAAUGGCCUCAAAAAGGGGCCAUGGACUCCUGAGGAGGAUCAGAAGCUGGUCCAACACAUACAAGCUCAUGGCCAUGGAAGCUGGAGAGCUCUCCCCAAGCUUGCUGGACUCAACAGGUGUGGAAAGAGUUGCAGGCUAAGAUGGACCAACUACUUGAGGCCUGAUAUCAAGAGAGGCAAGUUCUCUCAAGAGGAGGAGCAAACCAUCCUCAGCCUCCAUUCAAUCCUUGGGAACAAGUGGUCGGCGAUUGCAAAGCACCUCCAUGGUCGAACCGACAAUGAGAUCAAGAACUUCUGGAACACCCACCUCAAGAAGAAGCUGAUCCAGAUGGGCUUCGACCCGAUGACCCACAGGCCCAGGACCGACUUCUUCGCUGCGCUACCGCAGCUCCUCGCGCUCGUCAAGCUCCGCGAGCUCGUGGACCAACAGCCAUGGGCCGACCACUCUGCCCGCCUCCAGGCAGAGGCGGCCCAGGCCGCCAAGCUCCAGUACUUGCAACAACUCCUCCAGUCGGCAACCGUAUCCCCUGCCGCCACCACAAGUACUAGUGACCUUGAUCAACCCAUGAGCCUUUUGGGCUCCCCACACAUGGCUUCUUUUCCCUCCUCACUAAUGCCUUCUCCAACUACUACUACCGCCACUCUUUUCCAGAACAUGAGCCAAAUCCCAGAUAUUCAGAUUCCAUGCUCCUUUGACUUUGAUGAUCAGGAGCCCAUGGGCAACGAGGGAAACUGUGGCUCUGACAAUUACAGUGAACCAUAUGGGCAGGGAGAGAAUAGCACCCCAAGAACAGUUUUGCUGUCACAGUCCUCUCUCCCUCCCCUCACUGAUAUUUCCAUCUCCAACCCUGGAGAUGCUUGUAGCACCUCCAGCUGUGGUGGGAGCAGCACCGCUCCCAUCUCUUGGCCUGAUCAGCUCUUGCUUGAUGAUUUCAUGGCUGAGUUUUCUAAUUAGCUUCCUUCUAUUUCUCUUUAACUUUGGUUUUAAUUAGAAUAUUAUGAACCCUACUGCAUGGUUUCUUUUUCUUUUCUUCUUUGCUUUUUGUUUUUUCUUUGCCUCUUUAUUUUUUCCUUUUUCCCCCACUAGCUAGGUUGUGAGUUUGAGUUGAGUGUUACAGGUAUACCAUGCAUGGCUUAUUGGGUGCGCCAAUAUCGCAUGCAAGCUCUUUAUACGUACACUUAAACACUUCGUUUGUACACAAAUAUUAUAGUCGCGCACUCUACAUGUGUAUGUAUGUGUAUAUAUAUAUGUAUGGCUUGGAUUUUGAUUC